AUGAAAAACCACCGAAAGCUUCUUCUGGGUUUCAGCACCUUCCUUUCAGAUGGGGCUAAGAUAACCAUCCCUCCCGAGGCUGAUCAACAUAUUACGUCAGCUAGGGCUAAAAUGACCAUCCCUCCCAAAGCUGAGCAACAUAUUACAUCAGCUAAGUCUAAGAUGACCAUCCCUCCGGAAGCUAAGCAACAUAUUGCAUCCGAUAAUAACAAAAGAAAGCGUGUUAAGUGUGAUGAUCCAGACUAUGAUCCGGACUUUGUGAACAAGCUUAAGAAGAAGCGUAAGAGAAAAGGAAAGAAUGUGUCUCGGCCUAAGAAAAAGGUGAAACUUAGCAAACGCACAACGCAUUGUAGGAAAUGUGGUCAAGCAGGGCACAAUUCUCGUUCAUGUGGUAAGAGAGCCCUUCAGGCGGCUUGUUGA